AUGCGUGCCUCAGCAUUCCCAUCAACCUGCCAAGCGGCAUGCUGCCGCCCCAGAGCCGUCCAGCCAGGCCAACUAAGCCGCGCAGCCCGGCAACAGCAGCAGCAGCAGCGCGGGUACGCAUCAGAGCAGCAAUCGCCCAAGGAGAGCCGCCAGAUGGACACACCGAGCAAGAGCGGCAACCUGCCACUGCUCAUAGGCGCAGCAUCCCUCCUCACAGGCGCCGCAACGUACACCAUAUCCAAGGGCCAGGCGGGCGCGAAACACAACGACCACGCGGCGCAGGCGGGCGGCGAGUUCGCGCAGGGCAGGGAGCAGCGCGGGUCGGGGGCGGGCGGGGCGGACGAGAGCAAGGCGGACCUGCCCGGGGACGCGCCCAACCGGCCUGAUAACCUGGCCGCCUCGGAGGAGAAGAUGGAGUCCAAGGCGCCGAGCAAGCGGACGGACCCGCAGGCGUGA